AUGGCUACAUUAGUUCGAAGCAUGGCUUUGGGGCAGAACAUGUACAUACCAAACGGAGCUGCGAUCGGUCAGCAGCCGGCUGUGAACGCUUAUCGCAAGCGACCGAUUGUGCCGGCACCGGUCGGCGCAACAAAUUCGGUGUUGCAACCACCGGCAUUCAAGGAUCGUCCGAUCAUCUCCAAAAAGUACUGUGCCUUGCCGUACGCCGUCACACCUCAGCAGACGGUUUCGAUCCAGCGACGUAACGCACGGGAGCGUAACCGUGUCAAGCAGGUCAACAACGGAUUCGCGAACCUCCGUCAGCAUCUUCCUUCGACGGUGGUAGCAGCCCUCACCAACGGAGGGCGUGGACCACACAAAAAACUAAGCAAAGUGGACACACUUCGUGUGGCUGUAAAAUACAUCCGCAGCCUACAGCGUGUCCUCGAGGAUGACAUCGAAAACAGUACAGAUUCGCCGAAAACAAACCUUCCCCAGGUUCUUUCACCGGUCUCCUACUAUGGUUCGAUGUCGGAGGCAUCCACCGCAUCCUCACCGGCUCCAUCUCAGUUAUCGGAAUACUCAAGCUACAGUAGUCAACCGGAGAUCGGCACCUUCAAGCGGGAACCGUUCGACGGUUAUGGGACGACGAAUGUUUCACCGAUUUCAUCGGUUCCACCGCUUCCCAGUAUGACCAGCUUCGCUAACAGCACCGGAAUCACAACGAGUACCGCCACCUACAGCCAACCGAUUCACCACGUAUUCAAAGCGCAUCCCUCCGUCACCGCCGUACCGAUCGAGUACCACCACCAGCACGAGGAGCUCAGCCCGCAGAACACGGAUGACGAGGAACUGCUGGAUGCGAUCUCCUGGUGGCAACAGCAGCAGUAA